AUGGAGCGGCCAUCCAGCAGUAGCCCCGGCGGUCCGAGCCAGCCUCCCCAACCCGCCCAACACGAGCCCAUCAGCUUCGGAAUCGACCAGAUCCUCAGCGGCUCGGAGCAGGAGAGCUCCCAGAACAGCGGCCGCAGCGGUUCGGAUGUCAGCGGCGGGAGUUACCACCUCGGCAGCCCGACCGGGGCGAGCGCAGCACCGUACACCACCCUGCCCGGCUCUUUCCACGGCAUUACCGCGUGCUUCGAGGACUCGGGCUCCUACGGCGUGAACUUGACCCUUGCCCCCGGCGGGGUGAUCCGGGUGCCUGCACACAGACCGCUGGCGGCCGCGGUCCCCCCGCCCAUGGCCAGCGCCGUGCCCGGGUUUGGCAGCCUGAGUUUCCCCUGGAUGGAGAGCAGCCACCGAUUCGCCAAGGAGAGGUUCGCAGCAGCGCUGACGCCCUUUGCUGUGUCGCGGCGGAUCGGGCACCCGUACCAGAACCGCACGCCGCCCAAACGCAAGAAGCCGCGCACCUCCUUCUCCCGGCUGCAGAUCUGCGAGCUGGAGAAACGCUUCCACCGGCAGAAAUACCUCGCCAGCGCAGAGAGAGCCGCACUCGCCAAGAGCCUCAAGAUGACCGACGCCCAGGUCAAAACCUGGUUCCAGAACCGCAGGACCAAGUGGAGACGGCAGACAGCAGAGGAGCGUGAGGCGGAGCGCCAGCAGGCCAACAGGCUGAUGAUCCAGCUGCAGCACGAUGCCUUCCAGAAGUCCCUGAGCGACGCGCUGCCGGCCGACCCGCUCUGCAUCCACAACUCCUCCCUGUUCGCUCUGCAGAACCUGCAGCCCUGGGCCGCCGAGGAGCCCGGGAAGCUGGGCGUGGUCUGA